GCUCCGAUAGCUAAUAAGUAUUGAAAUAAAUACAGGAACAUCCUUGCCAGUGCUAGUGCCGACAAACAAGUCAAAAUUUGGGAUGUGGAUGCUGGAAAAUGUGACAUUACCAUGGAGCAUCAUACAGACAAGGUUCAAGCAGUUGCAUGGAAUCAUCAUGAGCCACAAGUUCUUCUCAGUGGAUCCUUUGAUCAUUCAAUAGUCAUGAAGGAUGGAAGGUUGCCUUCAGAUCCUGGUUUCAAGUGGUCGGUCACAGCUGACGUUGAAAGCUUGGCCUGGGAUCCGCAUGAUAAGCAUUUAUUUGUGGUGAGUCUUGAAGAUGGUACAGUUCAAGGUUUUGACAUCCGUGCUGCCAAGUCUGGAUCAGCUUCUGACCUUAAGCCAAGUUUUACCCUCCAUGCACACGACAAAGCUGUUUGCACAAUCUCUUAUAAUCCUUUAGCACCAAAUGUACUAUCUUCAUUUUCAUAUUUUAAUCCUCAGUUCUAGUUAGAUGUUUAGAUCAUCAAC